AUGAAUGAAACUAAUAGUAAUGACAAGAAGCAAUUCGUGCUGGUGCACGGUUUCGGCCAUGGCGCCUGGUGUUGGUACAAGCUCGUGAGCCUGCUGAAGCAGGACAACCGGCACAGGGUCACCGCCCUCGACCUAGCCGGCUGUGGGGUCCACCCGAGCCAGCUCCACCAGAUUUCCUCCUUUUCCGACUACGCUCGGCCGCUGAUGGACUUUCUCUCGGCUUUCCCGGAUGACGAGCGGGUCGUUUUGGUGGGCCAUAGUUACGGCGGCAUCUCGAUUUCUGUAGCAGCCGAGACUUUCCCCGGGAAAGUAUCGUUGGCCGUGUUCGUCACGGCUUACAUGCCUAAUUGCACGGACCCGCCUGGCGCUUUCGUCCGGAAGUUUGUGAAGAGGACCUCGGACAAGUCAUCGUUUAUGGAUUGCGAGUUUGCAUUUGAUCCGGAAUUUGGAGAGUUGCCAAUUUCGGCAGCCUUACGCUUGAAUGACAUGGCAGACACGGUUUAUAGCCACUGCCAAUUAGAGGAUGUGGAAUUAGCGAAGAUGCUGUUGAGACCGAAUUUCUUCUUCGUGAAGGAUUUGAGCAAGCCAGGUUUGCUGUCCCAAGAGAGGUACGGUAAAGUCAAACGUUGUUAUGUAAUAUGCGAGGAAGAUGAUGCCUCGAGUGUGGAGUUUCAGAGGCACAACAUCGAGGAGAACCCGCCAGAUGUCGUCGUGUCCAUAACCGAGGCUGGCCAUAUGGUCAUGCUUACGAGGCCUCAAGAGCUCUGCCAUUGCUUGCUGGAUUUUGAACUCAAUUCAUCAUCUCUCAACCAACCUGCUUCUCACAACAUCUCGCAUCUCGCCACAACAAUUACCUGCUCUUCGACUCUCGCCACCCACAAUUUCUCUGCUCCUCGGCUCUCGCUACCCUACAUCCCCGCUCCUUGGCUCUCGACUCCCGACUCCCGACUCAAAGAGGAAACAACAGAGGAAGAGGAUGCAAGAGAAAAGGAAAAGCACUUCUGGAUAACGUGUGAGCCAGUGGAUCAUCUGGUAGUGUUCAGGCAGGGUCUCCUCGUGGUGACUCAAUUCGUGGUCCAAUCAUUUGAUUUUGAUGGAUUGUAUGUCGACGACGCUGACCCGUCUCAGGACGUCUAUCAACGAGGCCUUCCGAGUGUGACUGCUGAUUUUCUUGUUUAUCAAUAUGACCCUGAGGAUAAGGAUUUUGAGUACGUGAAGUCAUUAGGUGGCUUGGCUAUUUUUGUGGGCCACCACAGCGAUGCAGUCGCGUUGCCGGUGGCAGAGUACCUGGAGCUCAAACCCAAUUCCAUUUACUUCACGGAUGUGGUAGAUGAUUUAGAGAUUGAGGACCACCCAACUGGUGGCCAUGCAUUUUCGAUUACGAGAACAAGACUGUGUCGUCAUGCUAUUAUCCGUGUGAUCUCAAGAAGAUGA